UGAUUUCAAAGGAUAAUGUGCUCUCCAACGUUGAGAAAGAUACCAAGGGAAAGAAAGUAGUCGCGUAUAUGGAUCAGCUGCCCCAGGAGGAGUUGUGUUUAAUAAUUAAACAGGAGCGUGUAGCACCGGUUGGAAACCUACAGAAAACUCCAGUAAAGGCUUACUCAUAUUAUGAUAUGUACGAUCCAACACCAGAAAAGGAUCCUCACCCCUGCGAACUAUGUCAUGAUUGCAAAGGAUGUGACAAGUGGAGACGAAAACGACUAGAGCGUUUAAGACUGCAAUUUGCGACUUGUAAAGCUAAGGAACGUAAAUUGGAGAAAAAUAUUGCUAAACUAUCAAACAAGGUCAAGGCAUUGGCAAGGAAUCGGAAUAAGGCCAAAAAGUUGAGUCGAAUGGAAAAAAAGUUGAAUACUGCCAGGGAUCGGUUGAAGAGGCAACAAGAAAAAUGUAGCAAAUUGGAGAAUGAAAUAAGCGCCUUAGAAACAAAGAGAUAAAAUGAAUCAAAUGUCUUUACACUU